AAACAGUAUUCCAAUAGGUUAUCAGAGUUCAGCUACUGAGGCAUCAAUGUUGCAGAACUUGAACUUCGUGACUGAUCAUUUGGACCUUACGACGUCGCUUAUCAGUCCUCGUUCAUUCACCUCACCUGUCAAGGCUCAGUCACAUCGACUAUGGAACAAGGUUGCUAGCUCACAAAGAUAUGGUCGUUCUUUGCAGUGUCAUGUUUGCCUUGACAAGGUUACUGAAACCAGAUUGGAGCCAUGGAGGAAUAAUAGAUAUAAAGUUACAGAAAACGAGCCUUCUGGAAGGAUUUUCGUGAAAAACGAUGAGCAAACUAACAAUGAACUUUUACAGACUUUGUGUAAGCGGUGGGAAUUGGUAAAAGCGGCAACGUUAGUAGCUUUAAUGAGCCGAAGAAGCCAAAUUCCCGAUUUUAGUUCUUGCAUUAAACUAAUUAGAGGGCUAGUGAAACUCAACUAUACAGAAAGAGCUACUGAGGUUCUAAAUUGUAUGGUUAUGUCUGGUGGAGUGCCCGAUAUCAUCACUUAUAACAUGCUAAUCAGUGGUUUAUGCAAAAACAGACGUAUAGACGAUGCACUUGAUCUUCUUGAAGACAUGAAUGCAGCUGGCUGCCCUCCAGAUGACAUUAGUUAUAAUGCCAUAAUCCGUGUAAUGCUGGAACAUGGUUAUAUCGACCAAACGGUUAUGUUUUGGAAAGCUCAGUUAGCCAAGGGAUGUGCCCCUUAUGCUAGUACUAGCUCGGUUCUUGUUGAAUUGAUUUGCAAGUAUCGUGGGGUUAUAAGAGCUAUGGAAAUCUUGGAAGAUUUGGCGGUUCAUGGUUGUAAUCCUGACCUUAUGACUUACAAUUCAAUGAUUAAUGUGGCGAGUAAAAGAGGGAAUUUUGGAGAUACUAUAUUGAUAGUACAUGAUCUUUUAUCUCAUGGUAUGGAGCCUAACACAGUAAUGUACACUACACUUAUACACUCGUUUUUUAACCAUGGUUACUUGAAUGAGGUAGACGAGAUUCUUACUGUCAUGAAGGAAACAUCCAAUGCCCCAACCAUGAUCACUUACAACAUAUUGAUUAAGGGGUUUUGUAAAUACAGCCUUAUUGAUCGUGCUAUUGGUUUCUUCAAUGAGAUGGUAUCUCACGGUUUUUUACCUGAUAUAAUAACCUAUAACACCCUUUUAUGUGCUCUCUGCAAUGAAGGAAUGAUAGAUGAGUCCCUGCAGAUUGCUCAUUGUUUGAAAGAUGGAAAUACCCCUCCAAGUUUGAUAACGUACAACAUUUUGAUCGACGGGCUAGCGAAGAGGGGUAACAUGGAGAAAGCAUUGGGUUUAUAUCAGCAGAUAAUUGAGGAAAAAACUGUUGCUCCUGAUGAUGUUACUCAUAGAUGCUUGCUUUCGGGGCUUUGUCAUGCUGAUAUGGUCGAUAAGGCUAUAAAGAUUCUGAAGUUGAUGGAGAAAAAUAAUCAUAGAGCUCCACAUAGUACUUACAAGUACAUUAUUCAUAAGUUAUGUCAGAAACGGGAACUAAACAGUGCAAUUAAGGUUCUGCAAAUGUUAGUCUCGAGCCCAUACAAGCCUUAUGGUGAAAGAUUUUAUUCUGAUAUAAUUGGAGGGUUAUCUACAGCUGGCAUGAAAGAAGAAGCUAAGCAACUACAUCAGAAACUAAUUGAAUUGAAGGUUGUUCAAAAGUCUUUUUUAUAA